AUUAUACUUUUUUUUAUUUCAGUGUGUGCAGAAGCUUACAAUCCUGAUGAGGAAGAAGACGACACAGAAUCUAGGAUUAUUCACCCUAAAACAGAUGAUCAAAGAAACAGACUGCAGGAGGCAUGCAAGGACAUUCUUCUUUUUAAGAACCUAGAUCCGGAACAGAUGUCUCAGGUGUUAGAUGCGAUGUUUGAAAAGCUGGUUGAAGGAGGGGAACAUGUCAUUGAUCAAGGGGAUGAUGGUGACAACUUCUACGUCAUUGAUAGAGGUACAUAUGACAUUUAUGUAAAAUGUGAUGGUGUUGGGAGGUGUGUUGGAACCUAUGAUAACCGGGGAAGUUUUGGUGAGUUGGCCUUAAUGUACAAUACACCCAGAGCAGCUACAAUUAUAGCCACCUCUCCUGGUGCCAUCUGGGGUUUGGACAGGGUAACGUUCCGAAGAAUCAUUGUAAAAAAUAAUGCCAAAAAGAGAAGAAUGUAUGAAAAUUUUAUUGAGUCAUUGCCAUUCCUUAAAUCUUUAGAAAUGUCUGAGCGUUUAAAAGUGGUUGAUGUGAUUGGCACCAAAGUAUACAAAGAUGGAGAACAAAUCAUUGCUCAGGGUGACUUGGCUGAUUCUUUCUUCAUUGUGGAAUCUGGAGAAGUAAGGAUUAUAAUGACAAGGAAGGGUAAACAAGAUGUAGAAGAGAAUGGAGCAGUUGAAAUAGCUCGAUGUUCAAGAGGACAAUAUUUUGGAGAACUUGCUCUUGUAACUAACAAACCACGAGCCGCUUCUGCAUUUGCUCUUGGCACUGUCAAAUGUUUAGUUAUGGAUGUGCAGGCAUUUGAAAGGCUUUUGGGACCUUGCAUGGAAAUUCUGAAAAGAAACAUAGCAAACUAUGAAGAGCAGCUAGUUGCUCUGUUUGGAACAAACAUGGACAUUGCCGAUCCCAGUGCAUGAACUGAACAUUGGAGCAACAAGAUCUGUUAUGAGAAUAUAGCACAGUAGUGGUUAGUCCACAGAGAAAUUGUCUCUCUUCCUAUAGAUGCCAAGCAUUUUCUGUGAUUUUAAGAGUGGGUUUGGGGGUAUUUUUUGG